AUGGGCGAUGGGGGCGCCGAGCGCGACCGCGGUCCCGCACGCCGGGAGUCGCACGGCGGCCGCGGCGGGGACCGAGGCGGAGCGGAGGACUCGGGUACUGAUGCCGGCCGCCGGAACCCCAGGGAAAUUGCAGGGACCUCUGCUUCUAGCCCCGCGGGCUCCAGGGAGAGCGGCGCGGACAGCGACGGCCACCCAGGGCUCGGUGAGGCAGACCACUGCCGCCGCAUCCUGGUGCGAGAUGCCAAGGGGACCAUCCGGGAGAUUGUCCUGCCUAAGGGCCUGGACCUGGACCGGCCCAAGCGGACCCGCACGUCCUUCACGGCCGAGCAGCUAUACCGCCUGGAAAUGGAGUUCCAGCGCUGCCAGUAUGUGGUGGGCCGGGAGCGCACUGAGCUGGCCCGCCAGCUGAACCUCUCCGAGACCCAGGUGAAGGUCUGGUUCCAGAACCGCCGCACCAAACAGAAGAAAGACCAGAGCAGAGACCUGGAGAAGCGGGCGUCCUCCUCGGCCUCCUCGGCCUUUGCCACCUCCAACAUCCUGUGGCUGCUGGAGCAGGGUCGGCUAUUGUCCGUGCCCAGGGCCCCAAGCCUCCUGGCGCUGACCCCUGGCCCACUGGGCCCACCUGCCGGCCACAGGGCCACCUCACCGGGUGACCCCAGGAACUCCUCCCCGUGCCUCAACCCAUUGACCUCGGCCUCGGCUUCGGCGUCCCCGCCACGGCCACCCCCUCCACCAGCGCUCUGCUUUUCCUUGGCUCCUCUCCUGGACCUGCCCGCCUGCUAUGAACUCAGCUCCUCAGCCUUCGAGCCCUACAGCCGGCUGGAAAAGAGAGGAGGCAGCCCUGGAGGUGGCAAGAAAGCCAAUGUUUAAGCCUCCGCCACCCUGUGACACUGAGUCCCCAAGCACGUCACUGUCCCUGCCUGUCCUG